CAAUAGCUUCGUCUGUCUGCACUUCUUCGCGAACCAAGCGACAAAGUAAACCGGGCGGUUAAGUACGAACCGGGCAAGCGCAAGCAGUCGCGCGCUGUGACUGCAAUUCGUUGAGAACAGAGAACAAACCAAAACCAAUUGGACUGAAUUGGACCAAUCGGAACUGCUGAACUGAGAGAAGCGGUAGCAUCACAGUGAAGUCGUCGUGUCGAAAGCCGUUAAAUAAAAAAAUAAUACAAACGCAACGUGCUUGUUGUAAAGUUUUUUUUUAAAUUUUUUUUGUGGCAGUCUUCUACGCAUCUCCAUCCAGCUCUAGCAACAAAAACAUCAACUCCCGUAAAUAAAACCAGAAACGACGUCGGUGCUUUCUGUUACUCGGAUGUCCCCCCAUAAAUGGAUUGAUGGAUGGGACUUGUUAUGAUGAUACAUGCGAUCAAUCUUAAGACUAAUAUUUGUCUUUACCAACUCCAAAAAACACACCCCAAACAUCGGAGGCAGCCGCCAAAGAGCGGCAGCGGCGGCGACGCCGCAUGGACCAUGCCGUGAAAGCGACGCGCGGCCGUCCGCUCAACACGCUGCGGUUCGAGAACGACGAGCUGGAAUGUCUCUACCAGCGGUACACGCUCAAGCUGCAGCGCUUCUCGGUGCUGGGCGUGGUGGCCCUGGUCGUCGUUCUUUGCGGCGUCAUGGCGGCCUUGUCGUUGUCCUUCAAUAAUGCACCCACCUUUCAGAAUAUUUUUAAUGCAAUCGUUGGUGUGCUGUUCGGAGUGAUCCUGGUCCUGCUGCAGUGCUCCGUGAUCAAGGACCAUCACCUGCCGACCCUCUGCUAUGGAAUCCUGCUCUUUACCGCCAGCAUUUGUGUGGUGUCGAUGCCCACUCUGGGCAGUGUCUUCCCGGUGGACACCAAGGAGGUAAUGGCCGAGGGCGUCUGGCAGAUCGUAUUUGUGGUGUUCCUGGCCUAUGCGAUGAUGCCACUACAGAUCUGGGAGGCGGUGGCCUUCGGAAUCGCUCUGCCCUUGGUACACAUCAGCCUGACAGUGUACAAGAUCUUCACGGAUACUUUGCGGUAUCUGGAGUACAACCAGCUGAUUGCCAACAUUGUGAUUUUCAUUGGCGUGAACGUGGCUGGGCUGGUGGUUAACAUUAUGAUGGAGCGGGCCCAGCGACGAACCUUCCUUGAUACCCGCAAUUGCAUAGCUGCCAGGCUGGAGAUUCAGGACGAGAACGAAAAGCUGGAACGACUGCUUCUCUCAGUUCUUCCCCAACAUGUGGCCAUGCAGAUGAAAAACGACAUCCUCUCGCCAGUGGCAGGACAGUUCCAUCGCAUCUACAUCCAAAAGCACGAGAAUGUGAGCAUUCUUUUCGCGGACAUCGUUGGCUUCACGGUUCUCUCGUCGCAGUGCAGCGCCCAGGAGCUGGUCCGUCUACUCAACGAGCUCUUUGGCCGCUUUGACCAACUGGCCCAUGACAACCAUUGCUUGCGAAUUAAAAUCCUUGGAGAUUGUUACUAUUGCGUUUCCGGCUUGCCAGAGCCUCGAAAGGAUCAUGCGAAGUGCGCCGUGGAAAUGGGACUUGAUAUGAUCGAUGCCAUUGCCACUGUGGUGGAGGCCACUGACGUCAUCCUGAAUAUGCGCGUUGGCAUCCACACGGGCCGAGUGCUUUGUGGUGUUCUGGGCCUCCGGAAAUGGCAAUUCGAUGUCUGGUCCAACGACGUCACCCUGGCCAACCACAUGGAGUCGGGUGGCGAGCCAGGCCGGGUGCACGUUACCCGGGGCACCCUGGACUCCCUCUCUGGGGAGUACGAGGUGGAGGCUGGUCAUGGAGACGAACGAUCCUCGUACCUGCGCGACCAUGGAGUCGACACCUUCUUCAUCGUGCCACCGCCACAUCGCCGCAAGCCUCUCAUGCUGAACACCUUGGGCGUACGAUCGGCGAUUGGCAGUCGGCGAAAGCUCUCGUUUCGAAACGUGUCCAACGUGGUCAUGCAACUGCUGCACACCAUCAAGUUCUCGGAGCCAGUGCCGUUUUCGAACAUUGCCACCGGGUCCUUCCCCUCAGCGGUGGGUGCUCUGGGGGGAGGGGUCGGUGCGGUGGGCGUGGUACGUGGCAGCACCUGUGAGUCAAACGCCGGCAGUGUCCAGGUCUCCGAAAAGGGAUCCCGCAAGGAUGCGGUGAUUCGGCUGCAAAAAAUGUUGCAUGCAGCACCGCCAUCGCACUCCAUGGGCUACGGCAGUGUCGCCGUUGGCGGUGCAGUUGGUGGUGCUAGUGGUGCAAGUGCAAAUGGAAGUGGCUGUGGCGGUGGAAGUGGAUGUGGUGGGGGCAGUGGUGUACAAGUGACCGUAGGCAUAAAUCCCAAUUCAACUGCGAGUACGAUUAGUCGCAUACGUAGGCACGAUCACAAGACCAAUAAAUCGCAGUCAAAGGUGGCAGACAAGUUCAAGCGGCCCUUCCGGAAACGACACUCCGUGGCCGCCCAUCACCAGCCCACCAACCGGGUCAACCGCUUCCUCUCCCAGGCGAUCAAUGCCCGAUCCGUGGACUGCGACAAGUCGGAGCACGUAGACAGGGUGACGCUGCGGUUCCGGCAGAGUGACAUGGAGCGAGAGUACCACAAGGACUUCGAUCUAGGCUUCACCACUGCCAUGGGCUGCUCCCUACUGUUGCUCAUUCUGGGGGCUGCUCUUCAGGUCACCGCUCUGCCGCGGACCCUCAUCCUCCUUCUCCUGUUUCUCACCGCCUUCAUCUGGGUGAGCGCCAUCCUGAUGCUCCUUCUGGCCGUGCGGCUCAAGUGGAUCAUCUGGGACAUCUCGGAAUGCUUCACCCUGCGCAUGGCUAUCACCAUCUUUACCAUUAUUCUGAUAUACUCCGUAGGCCAGGUGAAUGUGUUCACUUGCGUUUCCGACCACCCCUGUUCUGAGAAUGGCACUAUUCCAGCUUGGACCAGUCGUCAGAUGCCGCAGGAGCCCCAAUUCUUUUCGUACUCUAAUGACUCGCACCGAAAGUGCUCCCUGCCCCAAUACGUGUCCUUGUCUGCGGCCUUCGCCUUCCUAUCUGUGUCUGUAUUUCUAAGACUACCCAUCAUAUUCAAGUCACUGCUGGUGUUAGGUAUGGGCACCAUCUACGGACUGUUUAUCGAGAUGUCGCAUCAGAAUAUCUUUAAGUGCUACGACAACCGGGUCAAUGCUUCAAUUCCGCUUCACUUGAUCUCACUGGCCCGCAUCGCCAUCUUCAUGAUUGCCAUACUGGUGCAUGGACGGUUAGUGGAGGGCACCGCUCGGCUGGACUUCCUCUGGCAGCUGCAGGCUUCCCAGGAAAAGAAGGAGAUGGAUGUGCUGCAAGAGUCAAACAAGCGGAUACUGCAUAAUUUGCUGCCCGCUCAUGUGGCUGCACAUUUUCUCGAUGCGCAAUUCCGCAACAACAUGGAACUUUACCAUCAAAGUUAUGCCAAAGUGGGCGUCAUCUUUGCCAGCGUUCCCAACUUCAACGAGUUCUACACGGAGAUGGAUGGCUCGGAUCAGGGCCUUGAGUGUCUCCGAUUGCUCAACGAGAUCAUCGCCGACUUUGACGAACUGCUCAAGGAGGACCGUUUCCGGGGAAUUGACAAAAUCAAGACCGUGGGCAGCACCUACAUGGCCGUCGUCGGCCUUAUUCCGGAGUACAAGAUCCAGCCCAAUGAUCCCAACUCAGUGCGACGCCACAUGACCGCCUUGAUCGAAUACGUAAAGGCAAUGCGACUUUCCCUUCAGGAAAUCAACAGUCAUUCCUACAACAACUUUAUGCUUCGUGUUGGAAUCAACAUUGGACCAGUGGUGGCCGGUGUGAUCGGAGCCCGGAAGCCGCAGUAUGACAUAUGGGGCAACACGGUAAAUGUGGCUAGCAGAAUGGACUCAACUGGAGUCCCAGGGUACUCUCAAGUUACUCAGGAGGUGGUCGACAGUCUGGUGGGCUCCCACUUUGAGUUUCGAUGUCGAGGGACUAUCAAGGUGAAGGGCAAAGGCGACAUGGUCACCUACUUUCUGUGCGACAGCGGCAAUAAGUCGCUAAACGGCGAAGUGCGGAACGCCAUGUCCCUGCCGCAGGGUCUCCAUGGCCCCGACUACUACAUGAAGGCCUCACAGUUCCCGGAUAACCGUGUCAACACAGAGACCUACAGCAAGAAGGAGAAUGGCCACCUGUACGGAGUCCGCGGUGGUGGCGGGGGCGCCGGUAUCACUGGAGGUGGCGAGGAGCAACAGCUCCUGCUGCAGCACCAACAGAAGAAGUCCGACGCCCUGCCGCUUCCCGCCUCCCCGCCACCACCGCCAGUGCACCACCACCUGCACCACCAGCAGCAACAGCGCCUUAACAGCAAACUGCAGAAGAAUCCGAUCUUUAUUGGCAACGGCGGACUGCCCAACAUCCGGGAGAACGGACACAAUGGCGAACAGCAUCUUAUGACAAACGGCACCGCAAACGGAGGUGGCUUCAUGGCUAUCACGAUGACCUCAACGGCUGCGGUGGCCGCCCCUCUCCAGCAUCCGUGUCCUCCUCAUCCACACCCAGUGCAGCACCAGAUCCUUCUCCAGCACCAGAACCAGCACGUUCCUUCGGUAAUGUUGCGCGAGUUUAAUAUCACUGAGAACCCAACUUUAGGCGGCCGGCAUCCCCAGAUGGAGCAGCUGCCGCAGCACCACGGCAGCCUCAAUAUGGGUAUGGGAAUGGGAAUGGGCAUGAACACGGGUAUGAAUAUAGGAUUGGGAAUGGGAAUGGGCAUGGAUGUCGGCAGUGCCGGGGUGCAAGGCGGUGACUGCUUCAUCAUGCCGCGACGCGAUCGAGAUCGUACCUAUGCGUCGCCUUAUAACCAGCAUGGUCAUCAUCCACUGCAUCACCUCCAUUUGAAUCCGACUCUGAACCCACAUCAGAACCAGAUCCAGAGCCACAAUCUGCAACCGGCAUCAUCUACCAAUCCGGGCUAUGGCCAUUGCCGGGAAAGCGAACCGCUUUUGCAUGCCAGUAGCGUCGCGCCGGUAGCCAAGAUCAUGCCCAUGCAGCAUGCGCAAAAGUAUGAGCCACCACGUUAUACUUCUCCCAACUCCAUGUUGUCGCACCAGCAGCAGCCAAACCUUAGCCAGGAGCAGCGCCAGUACGCACUGUAUUCGCAGCAGCCGCCGUUGCCGCAGCUGCCGCCGCAGACCGUUCCGACGAAUCCGGUACCAGGCAUCCAGACGUACAUGAAACCCCUGCCGAAGCUGCCGCCGGAGCUGGAGGAGAACCGGGAGAUGUCCUCCACGGAUGAUCUCAGCUCGCGGCCGCAUUCCCCGUCGAUGAGCAGCUCGGACGAGAGCUACUCCAAGACCACCGAGGGUGAGGGCGAAGGCGAAGAGGAUUCGCCGCGCCACCACCUGCCGCACUUGUCAGCACAUCACCGGCACGGAGGCGCUACCGGAGGGCUGGUAAACCCACUGCAGUGGCUGUACCCUUGCGACAUCCAAGUGGACCCUACCUCGCCGGUGGUAGACAUGACCCAGCUGCAUGACUUCGACCAGAGCUCCACCACCGAGAGUCAGGGCCAGCACACCUCCAGCCACACAACCAGCAACACACAGGCCAAGGGCGAAACCUGCAGUAGCUUCGACUACCAGAAGGAGCUUUCAGGAGCCGUUGGAGGUACCAGCGGAGUGGUCUCUAACGGGCUGCCCACUGCCACCAAGUCGCCCUUCGAAAGGGAACUCCAGCGAAUACUCAACGAAUCCUCGCGAGCCAAGUGCCUGGCGGCCACAGCUACCACCACGGCCACUGGAACCACUGGCACCAUCGAUCACACAACUAGCAACGGCAGCCGGGAGUUGACUUAUUCGCUGAGCAACUCCAAGCUCAGCUCCACCAAUGGCCAUGUUGUCGCAGGAUCCGGAUCGGUGGUGGGAAACAGCAGCGGAAGCAGCAACGGCAACCUAAGCGGUGGCAGUGGCACUAACUCCAACAGCGGCAACAACAACCAGAGCAGCAACCGAGAUCUCCCAUCAGAGCAACCGAAUCAGCAGCAUCCGGUGGCGGAGCUGCCUGCAAGCAACAGCUUCGUCAUUUCCAAGCAUCCCGUGGGCCUGGAGGCCAUUAGGGAGAUAACGCGCAACAAGAACCCUUCGGAUUCGAGCCAAAUGCAAACCUCGGAUACGGAAUCUUGCGAGAUCCUACACGAGAAUCGCAAUCACUUCCAGGUUUUGACCCUGCUGGAAAUGCAAGCCGCCAAGGCGCUUCACGAAGCAACUCAGCCGCAUGCGUAUCCUCAUCCUUAUCCACAGCAGCAGCAGAGGGCACACCGCCAGCGACCACGAUCCAAGGAGCUUCAGUACUGCCACGACAGUCUGGACGGAGCGGGUCAUACACCGCCGCCGCAGCAGCAGCGACGCUACCAUCAUCACCAGACGAGGCUGCAACACCAGCAGCAACAACAGCGCUACAACCACAUGCAGGAUCAGGAGGAUCGUGACGAUACAGAAGACAACCUGGCCGACGAGGAGUUCGAGGACGACGACGUGGGUCGCGCUGUGCGCCAAAAGCGUGUCCAGAAACUGGACCUCAGCCAUAAGCGGGCGGAGGCGGGUGUCGUAGCACAUUUGAAUGACGACGGGGAGGAAGACGAGGAAGAAGAGCAAGACGAGGGUACCCGCGAGGCGGCGCCGUUAACCAAUGGCACCCAUCGCGGUCUCGAGGCGAAUGUGAUAAACGACGAGCUGAAGUACGGGGCGACGCACAUGAACCACCAGUCCAUGGACUCCAAUCCCUUGGAGAGCCAGUCGGAAUGGUCGGACGACGAUUGCCGUGAGGAGGCUACAGGUGGCGCCGAGUCCACGGGAUACAUUACGGAUGAACCUGGUCUAGAGAACAUAUCGCUACUGAACGAGGCUGGACUCACCGACGCGGAGGGCGCCCUAUCGGACGUAAACUCACUGUACAACGCUCCGGACGUGGACGACACAUCGGUGUCCAGCCGGGCCAGCUCCCGCCUGCUAAGCCUAGACUCACUGAGCGGGCUCUAUGAUUGCGACAUGGACUCGAAGCACGAGUUGGCCAUUGUCAGUGUCUCACACAAGAUCACUAGCAAGUUCGGACCUCCUUCCUCGCCGGCCCAGCAGUUGUCCUCGCAAAUGCAGUUGCAGUGCCAGUCGCAAACUCAACCACAGGGUCAAACUCAACCCCAAAACCAAACUCAAAACCAUGCUCCGAUCAGGGCUCAGUCCGUGGAGGACCUAGGAGAGUGAGGCGGGAAAAGUACUUAUGGAUCAGGAGGCGGUAAACACUCAAACGUUGUUAUUGCCACGUGCAAAUGGUAUCUAUUAAUUAGGAAUAGAGCAACCUAAUGUAAGCCUAAGCUAGACUAAGAGACAAAUAUAUAUAUAUAUAUAUAGAUAUAUAUAUUUACGUAUGAACGGUAGCUGCUUUGAGACCUUUUCGGUAUUCGGAAUUCGGACUAGACGCAAUAUGGUUUUACUGUGGCAGUAGUAAAAAUAUUUAUAUACCUAGUAUAUGCAUAAUAAUCUAUAAUCUCUAAUACAUAUGUGUACUGUA